AUGGACAGUGACAGCUUCCUCGCCACCUCGUUCGUCUCCUUUCGCAAGACCAAGAUGGGCUCCGCCGGUCGGACACCCCCGCGCAUCAGAACGAAGAGGACAGCGUCAGUUUCGAGCGGGUCCAGCGCGUCGAUCGCGUCUCCUACCUCGCCGGUCCUCGUCACGCCCCAGCACUUCUCAGUGUCGCGUCAGCGCGGCCCACCGCCUCGGCUGAAUCUGGCCGGGAGCAGCAAGAUUCACAGAGAUGAUGUCUUCAUGGCGGAUGGGGAGGACACAGCGCGGGGAGACUUGACCCGGGUCUUGAUGCUCACACCUCGACCCACUCAAAGCGCCUUUGUCUCACCCUUCGCCGACUCGCCGAACGCAGACCAAGAUGCACACGUCCGACCCGACAACUCACCCCUUCUCCCACCUUUGUCCGAAUGGUCUCUCCCGCCCGUGCCGAAGCAUGGUCCGCUCCGCAUCACCCCGUCGUGCGACUCGCUGCUCGGCCUCAGCACACCGAGCAGACGAGGAUCGAUGCACAGUGGCCGGACCAUCCACAUCUCCUUCCCCUCAGGCGCACCAGACGAGGAGAAGCCGAGCAGUCUGAAGGGAGAAGAAGCCACAGUCGCCCCUGCUUCCUAUCGCACACACCGUCCGACCCCAUCUGACGGCUCGUCCAUCAUCUCCUCGAGCUCGUCAAAACGCUCUGACUGGUCUGAUCGGUCCACUCCACCCUCCAUCCCUGGCAGAACCAGCAGCAGGAAGCGACCCAGCUUACCAGCUCGCAUAUCGAGCUUGAAGCCUUCUACCGGAUUCCCUCAUUCCCGCCCUUCCUCCUCACACACUCCUUCCUGCUCGUCAUCACGUCGGCCGUCCAACGCUUCCGUGAUCAGCGCUCAAUCUGUCUUGGAUCCCUUCCCCAUUGCUACUUCCGCCCCGGCGGACGCUCCUCCUCUUCCCGCGCUACCUCUUUCGCCUGUUCCCACAAGGCACUUCCGGUCCAGCUCCAUCGCUUCCAUCCCCCUGUCCCCGGUCCUCGGCUCGCCGGUCGACUUCAGCGCAAUCCCCUUCUCCGGCCUGGACCUCGUCGAGCGUGAUCUCGUACUUCGUCGAACCACCUCCGCUCCCCAUCUCCGCGCCUGGCGCCACUCCCAAACCGCUAUGACUUCCUCCCCCUCCUCCAAGCGCAUUCGUACGCUGGGUACCCCCAGGACGCCCAAAAGCGCUCGAUCAUCCGGUAUCGACUUCUCUGGCUCUGACUCCCCGUCAUCACCCUGGCGGGCAUCCAUCCUGAACUUUGAGUUCUUCCCCUCCCCCAAACCCUCUCCGCUCGCCAUCGAACAUAUUGCGGAGCCACGCGAUCGGACGAGCCGCCGGUCCGACCAAGAGAUCGUCAUCCCCCUCUACCAGACCCCGCUAUCUCCCCAGGCAUGCGUCCGGAUCCGGCCGGUACCGAGCACAUCGCGGCGGGGCACUGGUUUGGCACCAGAUCUGUACGCGGAGGUGAAGCGCGUGGACAGGAUGAGGAACCUCAUCGCCAGUGCGGGGGUGAAUGAGGCGGAAGAGGCGCUUCAUGAGGCAGAGGAGUGGACGUGGGCCAGUCCACCUCCGAGGGAGGGGCGAUUGGUGAAAUUUGUGGGGGUUGGUGCGGAGGAAGGCGGCGAGAGCAAAGUCGGUCACAGGCGUCAGAUCAGCGCAGCGAGCCAGCUCAGCGUCGGGACGGCCUUCGGCUCGGACAUGGGGUUGAGCGAGAGCCACUCCAUCGAUACCAUCAGCGAGGAAGCUUCAGUCCUUACGCCGAACUCGAGCACCACCUUCCUUGCUAUCCCAUUGCCAAUCGUCGCCGACCCCACCACCCCGACUGCCACGCACGGCUUCCUCUCUCCUGAGGCGGACAUCACCCCCAAAGCCCCUCUCCGCACUCCCUCGUCUAUACUCAAGCACUCGGCUGGCCAGUCGCUACUAGACAGCCCCAAGGUCGCUGGGCCGAAGACCAAGUACUUUGGCUCGCUCGCUUUCGGAUCCGAGCCAAUGCCUCGCAAGAUCCAACCAAGAUCGUCACAGCCGGAGGUGCGGGGGAAAGAGGGGGAUGAUCAGGAGGCGCAGGGACGUGAAGCUAAAGGCAGCGUCAUUCAGCCAGGAAGAAAGGCGGUCAAGGUCAAGGCCAAGGCGAACAAGGAGAAGAAGGAGGGCGGGAAGUGGAAGUGGUCGAUGCCGGAGCUGCAUCCGGGGACGAUAGGGGGAUUAGUGUAG